CGUUCGUUGUAUCAUAUGUAAUCGAAUCAAAAAAAAAAACAUAAAUCCCCAAAUUACCAAAAUCCUCGGCGACGACAAAGAGGAGAGAGAGAGGGAGAAAGAAAAAAAACAAUGGCUUCUUCGAUCCUUCCGCCGGAGCUGGACAACGACUCACUUGCAUCAUCGCCGAGAUCGGAGUACGAUAGUCAGCCACGUGUACGGUUCAUGUGCACUUUCGGAGGAAGGAUCUUGCCUCGUCCCCCUGAUAACCAGCUCUGUUACGUCGGCGGUGAUAAUCGUAUGGUCGCCGUUCAUCGUCACACUACUUUCGCCUCUCUCCUCAGUAAACUUGCUAAACUCUCCGGUAAAAGCAACAUAAGCGUGAAGUACCAGCUACCAAACGAAGAUCUUGACGCGUUGAUCUCCGUAUCAACGGACGAAGAUGUAGAUAACAUGAUGGACGAGUACGACCGCGUCGCACUCAAUCAAAACCCACGCGCCUCUCGUCUUCGUCUCUUCCUCUUCACCAAUAACGUCGCCGGUGAAGAAGAUAACGAUAGUCGAGCUAGCAGUAUCAGCUCACUCCUCGACAGCUCUGUUAAUCGUGAGCAAUGGUUUCUCGACGCUCUCAAUCUCGGCUCCUCCGCCGCCGUUACCGCCGGUUCUAACGGCGGUUCCGGUAGAGUGUUUGAGCGGGUUAGAUCUGAGGUUUCGUCGAUCGUUUCGGAAGUUCCUGAUUACCUCUUCGGAUUGGAUAAUUUCGAUGAAACUGCUCCGCCGCAUGAGCUUCGUGAUCGUGAUCCGAGAGCUAAGAUCCGAAGAGAGGUCUCGACGCUUUCGGAUCCUGGUUCGCCUCGCCGUGAUGUUCCUUCCCCGUAUGGUUCGACGUCCUCGGCUCCUGUGAUGCGAUCAUCUACGCCGGAACUUCCGCCACCGGGUUUAACUAAACCGGAAAGUCCUGAACAGGUUUCGACUCCGAAAUCUGAUCCUCAACCGGAGCAAAUAAUUCAACAGACUAGUCUCCCGGUUAACUCCCAAUGGCAAUACGCCCCUGGUCCACAGGUUCAUUACCAGGGUCAUCCAGUUCACCAAACACCGGUUUAUUACGUUCCUAAUUCGGUUCAACCAGGAAAUCAUAUGGUUCAACCAGGAAAUCAUAUGGUUCAACCGGGUAAUCAUAUGGUUCAACCGGGAAAUCAUAUGGUACAACAGGGUAAUCAUAUGGUUCAGCCGGUUCAAAUGCCAGCUCAGUAUCUGCAACAAUACCAUCAGGUACCAAUGGGAUACCACCAACCUCAGCCUCAUCAGAUGGCUGGUCCGGGUCAAGUAUACGGUGGAACAGUGAAGCCGAUUAUGAUGGCAGUUGAUGGAGUUAACCGGAAUGGUUAUUAUGGAAUGAAACAACUCGGUCCGGUUCAAAUGUAUCAUCAUCACCCUGGGAUGGUGGUUCCUGGGGCUGGCGUAGAAGAACAACAACAAUACAGAACCGAAACGGAUUCGGAUCCGGGUCGGGCUUCUUCUUAGCUGGUUGAAGAAGAAGAGAUAUGAAAAUGAUCAAACUCGGGUUUUUGUCAUUUGGAGUCGUGGUGGCUCUUUGUUAUUGUGUGAACCGUGUAAUAAAUAUUUUUGUUGUUGUUUUCCUACUUUUCUAUAAAUUAUUUUUUUUGUGGGUAAUUUUUGUAUUACAAUACGAACUAUGAUGAACAGUCAAUCCCGAUAAUAAUAUUAUAAUCUAUCAAUAAUGAAGUACA